GGUCGCAGAAAGUUUACAUGCGUUCCACAUAAAGUGGUGAUCAUGAACGGGCGGAUUACCUUCAUGUUAGGGUGUUGUGUUGGUUUAAGAGCGAUAAAACGCUGAGUCUGCAGUUUGGGUGGAUUUUUUCUUUUCAAAAGACGGUGAUUUUAUCGUACAUUUGAGACUUUCAGCCGUUACUGUAGCAACAUCCAACGCAUCGGAAGUCGAUCACCAUUUAAUUUAACUACGAUUUAAUCCGAAACACCGGCUGAUACUUUCUCUUUUUUUUUGUCUUUAUUUUUACUUCCCAUUGAUGGUCUCAUGCUACGACAGUUUUUGAAACGAAACCGGGCUCCUCUCCAGGUUUGGUUCUGUUGUUUGGGUAUCUGUAAAAAUGUCGUCUUCUGGAAAGGACAAAAUGUGCAGCUACCAUCAACUGAACAUGUUUGAGAAACUGUCCUGGAGGCCCUUCGUCCGUGAGUCAGCAUCCAAGAAGCGAGCACGGUGGCUCCAGGCUCGCCGUCUAUUCUCGUCUUCCUCUCCCAGCCUGCGGAUUCCCAACCGGUUUCUGAGAGAAGGACACUGUGUACCCCCUGCCAGGAGUGGACAUCGCUGUGUUGCAGACAGCAACAACCUGUAUGUGUUUGGAGGCUACAACCCAGACUUUGAUGAAGCAGGUGGUUCAGAGAAUGAAGAUUACCCUCUUUUCAGGGAGCUCUGGAGGUUUCAUUUUGCCACAGCCACCUGGCAGUUGGUCAACACAGAGGGUUACAUGCCCACAGAACUGGCCUCCAUGUCAGUGGCUUUACAUGGCAACAACUUGCUUGUAUUUGGUGGCACUGGGAUUCCGUUUGGUGACAAUAAUGGCAACGAUGUCCAUGUUUGUAAUGUUCAAUACAAACGAUGGAACCUGCUCAGCUGCAGAGGGAAGAAGCCCAACAAGAUCUACGGGCAGGCUAUGGUGAUUAUAAAUGACUACCUGUAUGUAUUUGGAGGGACGACAGGCUACCUGUACAGCACAGACCUGCACAGAUUGGACCUAACCACUAGGGAGUGGACUCAACUUAAACCCAACAAUGCACCGUCAGAUUUACCUGAGGAGAGAUACAGGCAUGAGAUAGCUCACGACACACAGAGAAUAUACAUCUUUGGAGGUGGGACUUCGUCAACGUCAUAUCCCCUGGACAAGAUUCAGGCAUAUAACUUGGAGACAAAUUACUGGGAGGAAAUAAACAGCAAACCUCAUAACAAACUAGGAUAUCCUGCUGCUCGCCGUUGUCACAGCUGUGUGCAGGUCAGAGAUGAGGUUUUUUUGUGUGGGGGUUACAAUGGUGAAGUGAUCAUGUCUGACCUGUGGAAGCUCAGCCUGCAGACGUUUCAGUGGACUAAGCUGCAUGCUGUUAUGCCUGAACCAGCCUACUUUCACUGCGCUGCAGUAACUCCGGCUGGCUGCAUGUAUGUCCAUGGUGGUGUCGUCAACAUGUCCGGGAACCGCAGGACGGCCUCUUUGUACAAGGUGUGGCUGGUGGUGCCCAGCCUGCUGGAGCUCACCUGGGAGAAGCUGCUGAAAACAAUCCCUCACUUAUCCCAACUGUCCACGCAUCAGCUGCUCAGUCUGGGACUCACCCACACACUUAUUCAGCGCCUCAAAUAAACCCAAGAAAAGAGGAUCACCACAAAACUGCACUGACUUACAAAGUGUUAGAAGCAGAGA